GAAACGGCAAAUGUGAACAGUGAAUGUUUAUGGGGGUCUAUCGACUCCGCUGUCACUCCACGGGAGAGGAGAGAAACCCCUUUCCUUGGUUAUAAAGGAGCAGAGCUGCUCUUCUGUCUCCCAGCCAACGCAAAAGGAGGAAGAAGAAGAUUUGGAAGGACUUCCAAAAGCAAUCUCGUUUGUGCCCCUUCUACCAACCAAUCGAGUGCUGGCAAUGAAGAAGAAGAAGAGUCGCAAAGAGGUAGUGAAUAGAGUUCUUGUGAAAGAGGAGGACCAGAACGAGCCCACGAUUGGAGAGAAGCUCGCGAGUCUAGAUCUGAUACAGAAUGAUAAGUCCAAGAGUGACGAUUCCAAGAUUGAUGAUUCCAAGAGGGGUGAGAAACAGUUGGAGUCUUCUUCUCAGCUCAUUCAGCCUCCGACUGCGGACUCGGUUCAGCUGCUGCUCAGGCAAGCAUUACGUGCCGAUGAUCGCGCACUGUUGUUGGAUUGCUUGUACAACCGAGAUGAGAAGGUUAUUGCAAAGUCCGUUGCAUUGUUGAGUCCGGCGGAUGUUCUCAAGCUUUUGCAGUCUCUGGUAUCGAUUAUUCAGUCGAGGGGUGCGAUUUUGGCCUGUGCGCUUCCAUGGCUAAAAAGUAUACUUCUUCAACAUGCAAGUGGAAUAAUUUCCCAGGAAUCUUCUUUACUUGCCCUGAAUUCUUUAUUUCAGCUAAUCGAAUCUAGAGUCUCAACUUUUGAUUCAGCUAUCCAACUAUCCAGUUGCUUGGACAUCCUUUACACCGGGGUUGUGGAUGACGAGGUAGACAAAAAUACCCCAACAAUGCCAGUAAUCUACGAGGACAAGGAUGAAAGUGAUGAAGAGAAAUCUGAAGAUGCCAUGGAAACUGAUGCUGAAGAUGGCAAAGAUGAGGAAGCAUCUGAUGAUGAAUCUGAAGGUGUUAGUGACAUUGAAGGAAGUGAUGGCAUGAUUGAUUGAUGCACAUUGAUGGCCAAUUUGGGUUGUACUUGAGAAUUUCGGGCAAAUAUUUACUUGGAAAUGGAAUUGAUUUAGUAUAUUAACAAAUACUAGGAAAAGGGGAGAGGCGGUCUGAAAACUAGGGCAAGGGUAAAUAUACUAAAUCACCCCCAAGGCCAAGGGUAGCUCCACCCCUGCGAACAAGCCCGAUUUUUCACUCUAUUCAUGUUUCACCCGCUUGGUCAAUUGCCUGCAUCUGGAUCAAAUAAAUGUUCCAGUAAUUACAAAUA